AUGGAUGAACCCGAGAUCUUCACCACCCCUCAAAAGGAUGGCCAGGCACUCCCGCGGUCGGCCAUCGCAUUCAGAGGUAUCCUGCGAGAUAUACACGAGAAGAACAAAGCCGACCUGGAAGAGGAUGAGGAGAGCGGGUCUGGCAAGGCGAAGCUAUAUAGCGUGGAAAUCGAUCCACUCAUUGCGACGGUCACCACGAAUCUUAUCAGCCUCGCCGGUCUCCAUGAUAUUGUCGAAGUAAUCCAUUUCUACGACGAAGGCGUCUUGGUUGAAACCGAUAUUGACUUGUUGUUAAUCGACCAUGACGAGGCGUUCUAUGAGCUGGAUAAAUUAGGAUUUUUGAUCAAGGACGGCGCGCUGGUUAUUGCUGUUAAUGGUGUGAGGCCCGGUGCGGCUCAAUAUCGGAACUACAUGCGGAUGAGCUCGCGCCUAUGCAAGAGUUGGGGAUUGCCCGGUUUGAUUGUCGGGGUUAGUUGCCUGACCUACGACCGAUUAGAAUUGCGUCUGUAA